CUUCCUUCGCCAGUAGUUGGCAGUUGUGAUCUGCUCAUGGGCCGCCAUCUCACUGACGGAGAGGAAGAACGGAGCAGCCUCUGCGUGUUGAAGGAAGACGGAGGUUUGCAGUGAGGCCUUCUGUGGCUGCUGGCUCGCUCCUGCCCUUCAGAUGCUGUCCAGCGUUCGUUCCUCCUCUCUCGCGCUUGCCUUAUCUAGACAGUUAUCUCAUUUUCGGCCCAGCAUGGAGCCCGGCGCUCAUCGGCCUGUGGAGACGUCCAUUCGGACCAAACUCACACAGGCUCUCCAGCCGGAGCAUCUGGAGGUGCUGAACGAGAGCCACAUGCAUGCCGUCCCACCAGGCUCCGAGUCUCACUUCAGGGUGCUGGUGGUUAGCCCCAGGUUUGAGGGCCUCUCGCUGCUGCAGCGCCACCGUCUGGUCAACGAGGCCCUGCGCGAAGAGCUGAGCUCCAGCGUCCAUGCUCUUGCCAUCCAGGCUAAGACACCUCAGCAGUGGAGCAGCGACCCCAGUCUUGCCAAAAGCCCGCCCUGCCUCGGAGGCUCCAAACAUGACAACACGGUGGCAGAAAAGCUGAAGGCUGGAUCAAACUGAUCCCAAGGAAGUUUCCUCCAAAGAGUGGAGGAUUCAACUUUUAGUCAUUUUUAGGAUCUUCACCUCAGUCUGUUAUACUCAUAACUGCUCCAUACGUUUCAUAGAAGUUACUGAAUAAUUCAUGGUUGUUACUAAAUUAUAUCUUACGAUUAAUAUCGGAAUAUUGCACCCAGGGUUUAUGUGGUUAACAAGAAUAAAAACAUGGAUUUAAAAAAAAUCAUUGCCAUUUUGCAGUUAUACUGGCUUCAUAUUAGAAAAGGAAUGAAAGAUUUAAAUUUGAUUUUUAUAUGCAAAUUAGCUUCUCUAUGUAUGUUCUUAUAUUGAAGAACCAGGAGAUGUAUGAACUCUAAACUCCACCAGAGGGCAGUUCAGAGCCUGCAUCUUACAUUUUGGUCAGUGUUUCUUAUCUGGGCUGAGUUUCCCAAAAGCAUUGUAGCACAAAGGUGAUUCUUAAAUGGUAGAGCGAGCAUGACACAAAACACUGCACAGUGCUGCCAAAAGGUUUCUGCUGCUCGGUAGCUGAUGCUACAGAGUGCAGCUGUAGCACCUAAGAAGUUCAGCAAAAAAAAAUCACCAAAAAACAAGACGCUUACAUUUAUUUCACCUUCUGUUCACAAAGAUUAAAUGCAAUAAAACUUUUUUAUUUAGUGAGUUUAUCAGGUUUAAAGAUAUGUGAGGUGAAAUUUGACGUGACUAGGCCAGUAAUUAUUUUGACCACUUUUUAUUUUUAUUUUUUAAUUCAUUACAGACAGUAAUCUGGAAGGUUUGAGGUUGAUCAAAAUGUUUACCACACAAUUUAAAAAAUUUGAAUGUGUUCAUUUUUUAUUGCGGCCUGCUGCGAUAUUAAUAUCAGUAACCCCAGUAUUAUGAUAAUGACUAAUAAACGAUAUUUUAUUAUUUAGUCUCAAUGUCGGAAUCACAAAAUGUGUGUUAGCUUUAGGCGUAGGCCACCUGCCUCAAUCAAAAUACUAAAGCAAAGCUUCAAAUUUCAGCUUUAAUAAUAUAUUAACUUCUUUAGCCUAUAAGCUUAAUUAAUUAUCAUUCUUAAGGCUAAUCAUUACCUGCUCUAAAUUACUCAGUAACUUCUAUGAAACUAACAUGUAGGUUCUGUAGUUUUGAGAGCGAGGAACGGAAGUGUGGACCCACAAAUGGACUCUUAAAGGAAAACUUUGUUCUGAAGUGCUUCCUGAUUAUUAGGGGCAGGUAAUGAGGGUUACUGUUCACUGUUAGCAGUUGUUAGCAUUUUCGGGUGAAUCCCAGGUGUUGCAGAAUCCCCCUGAGAGGCACGGCCAGCUGUCUGUAGCUCUUAGGUUGAUUAAUUCAGUGUCACUGGCUCAGUUCAUGGUUGACAGCACACAUUACUCUGCCUACAGAGCUCUGAACCGAUGGCUCAUUUCAGCACAUCUAUCAUGGCUGUGAAACGUAAUGCAAUUUUUCUGUUCUAAUCUGGAAAAUUUGACCGUGCAGAUUGGACAGCUGAGCUCAGAUCAGUAGAUUUUGAGUAUUGUGUGAUUUGUCCCACAAUUUCAUCACAUAUAUUCUCCCACCCUCUCAUCCACGUCUGUGUUAGACAAAAGUUUUUGUGGUCAAAGGGGUCACACUGCAUAUUACUGGAAGUGGCUGAAAUCCUUGUUGUUUAUGUCCUCGUGCUUUUGAUUCUGGUAAUUUAGCAUCUCAUGAACACCAAAAGUCACUAGGCCUAAAAAAUGAAUACAGCUGCUGCAGUAAGUUUGCAGUAAGAAUUAAACUAGUUUGCAGUAAGAAUUUCAUAAAGUUUAAUAAACUAUCUUUCCAUUUAUUUACUUUAUUAAAGUAUUUAGACAGUUGUUUUAAUGUUCCAUAUGCAUUAAGGAGUGUUCUUGCAAAGGCUUUUGUGUGUCUAUGAUUUAUUUAAUUAAUGAUAAAUAAACAUAAUGAUCAAAUCUCAGCCUGUGUGAAAUAUUUUUAUAGAACUAUUUUAACAAUCAUAUAAUAUUCACCUUUAUAUCUAAAUCUGGUCAGUUUUUACACUCACA